UGGAAAACAUGGAGGAAAGGAGUAUGUAGAGUUAACUUAACAGCCUCAAAUUUCACACAAUUUCAAGUAUUUGCCUUGGUGAGUUACGCUCAAUAAACAAACUGGACAAAGCUGCUAAUUGAUGUAAAAAAAACAGUCGCCUCUUAACAGUCCUGAGAGCCGAGAGAGCAACGGAAACUGCGAGAAGCAUUUAUGACAGGAUUUGGCAUAUGCCUGGUGAAAAAGCAGUGAAGAGUGGUGAGUCUGGCUGAGUGGAGCCAGUCGAGAUGGGAGCCAACACCAGCCAGGUCAGUGACCUGUCUGAUAAUCCAAGCCUCAAGGCCCUGGUGGGCACAGAGUCCAUAUCGGAGAAUGACCCUUUCUGGAACCAGCUCAUCUCCUUCACCUUCAUCAGUCCCACCUGCAGUGGAGACUCAAAGUUGCUGGAAGAGGCCGUCAUCCCCUUGGCCAAGAUCCUUAUUGAAAACAAUCCCAGAUCGGGGAACUUUGGCGCUCUUGUGAGAAUUUUCCUGGGAAGAACCAAAGAACUGAAAAUCUCCACAGAAUGCCAAGAUCAGCUGUUUAUCUGGCAGGCCCACAACGCACUGUUCAUGAUUCGCUGCCUGCUCAAGGUGUUCAUCAGGGAGAUGAGCGAAGAAGAGCUGCACCUGCAGUUCUCCUACCAGGAGAGGGCACCAGGCUCCUGUGGAGAAACAGGUAGCGAGGACCUCCUUGAGGAGCUGUUGUCCAACCUUGUUCACCUGAUCGUUGAAGUGCCCCUGCUUGACAUCACCUACAGCAUCCUGUUUGAAGCAGUGACCACGCUGCUGGUAUUCUUCUCCUAUCAGCUCUUCCAUAAAGACAUCCUUCGAGAUGGAAUAAUCUACCAGCACAUCAUGAAGGGGAGAUGUUUGUGUUUAACCAGUCGACUGGUGAAGACCCUGCUCUAUAACUUCAUCAGGCAGGAGAAGUGUCCACCUCCAGCAACCCACAUCUUUGAGCCGAAAGCAGAGGGGGGCCUGCUUUAUGGUCUGGCAUCAGGGGUGGCAAGUGGGCUGUGGAGUGUCUUCACAUUGGGUGGAGCUGGCAGCAAAGCCGGGAUAGACCAGGAACACAACCCUUUACCUUUGUCUAAUCAGAGCCUUCUGUUACUGCUGGUCCUCGCCAAUCUGACAGAUGGACCCGGCUGGCCCAACCCCUACCGCCAAGCUAUUACUUGUUUCAGAAACACACAAGACACUUCGUCGCUGCCCGUUGAGCAACCUCACACUUUCCAGAUCAAUUUCAACAGUCUAUACACAGCGUUGUGCGAGCAGCAGCGCUCUGACCAGGCCACACUACUACUGUACACAUUGCUUCACCAGAAUGCCAACAUGAGGACAUACAUGCUCUCCAGAACUGACAUGGACAAUCUGGUGUUGCCCAUCCUUGAGAUCCUUUACCAUGUAGAGGAUAGAAAUUCUCAUCACGUCUACAUGGCCCUCAUUAUUCUCCUCAUUCUCACAGAGGACGAUGCCUUCAAUCGCUCCAUCCAUGAGGUGGUAUUGAAGAACAUCUCAUGGUACACAGAGAGGUCAUUGACAGAGAUCUCACUUGGCAGUCUGCUCAUCCUGGUGGUCAUCCGCACCAUCCAGUUUAACAUGACCCGUACAAGGGAUAAAUACCUCCAUACCAACUGUCUCGCUGCGCUUGCCAACAUGUCAGCCCAGUUUCGAUGUCUGCACCAGUACGCUGCCCAGCGCAUUAUUAGUUUAUUUGCUUUGCUUUCCAAAAAGCACAACAAGGUUUUGGAGCAGGCAACACAGAGUCUGCGAGGCAGACAGGGAGACAACACAGCCUUGCCCGACUACGCCCAGGACCUGAAUGUGAUUGAAGAGGUCAUCCGCAUGAUGCUGGAAAUCAUCAACUCUUGCCUGUGCAACUCUCUACACCACAACCCCAACUUGGUGUAUGCGCUGCUCUACAAGAGGGAGCUCUUUGAGCAGUUCAGGAUGCACCCAUCCUUCCAGGACAUCAUGCAGAACCUGGACACGGUGAUUGGCUUCUUCAGUCAGCGGCUGGAGCAGGCUGGAAGUGACCUGUCAGUUGAGAGGGUUCAGGAGGUCAUCAUGAAAGGAGCCCAGGCCCUGCCCAAUGACAGACUGAAGAAGUUUCCGGAGCUCAAAUUUAAGUACGUGGAGGAAGACCAGCCGGAGGAUUUCUUCAUCCCCUACGUCUGGUCCCUGGUGUUUAACUCUGGAGUCGGCCUCAACUGGAGCCCACAUGGCAUCGAGCUGUUCAGCAUGGACUCUGGCUGAAACACCUUCUGCAGCUGACUGUGUGUGUCUCCAUCUCCGUUCAGUAAAGGAAAAAAAAAAAAAAAAGAAGACUGACAGCAUGUGUGUGAGUGUAUGAGUGUGUGUUUGGGUGGGUGUGUGUGCAUUACCCUUUAUAAGUAUGUGCACGCUGCUUUGAAAGUGCCUCGACCUUGUACAGAAAGGUGUUUCUUUCUUUCUUUUUCUGCAGCACCACCUCUUUUUUCCCCUCAUAUCCUAAUAAUUCCUCUGCUUCUACACUGUGAAGCUUCAUCUGCACUGGUUAACAGUUCACACGGUAGCGCCCACUCAUGUACAGUCAGUCCUGUAGUGAAUACCUAUUUAACAUUUGAGCAGCUUCACCCGGUUCCAUAGCACAUGCCGAGUCACAUCUCUUCUGUAAAACCUUCUGUUGUUUUGAGGAGCUCAGGACACUGGCGGUGGGUAAUCCCACAUUUUUUUUCUUACUUACAAAGAAAAGGUCAAUUAAAACAUAUGCACCUAAGUUACACUGCUCUGGUGAACAUUCAUCUACUGCUGCACUGAAUGCUAAGAAGUAGUACAGACUUAAUAUUCAAGACAGGCAAUGUGUCUUCGAAGACACAGCACUCAUUUUAUUAAAUAUCCUCUAAAAUACAGAAUUUUAAGUAUGAUUAUCGCAUAAAUUAGUGUUUUAUUUUAACCAUGCACAGUUCUCCGAAUACAGUGGGUUUGUAUAAAAGAUUUGUGUUUGUGAAAUUAAGUUCAAAACUGGUCGGAGAAAGAGAACUGAUGUCCAGCAGAAGGUCUUAUGUAGUGUUGCAACAUGCAGGAUUUUCAGAUUUGAGCCCACCACUGUGGCCACCUCCAAUACCCUCACACUGAAUUGCAGUUUAAUUAAUGCCUAAUUUCAGUCCCUGGAUAAUAUUAGCAAUCCACGUCACUCUGAUUCAUGUGAUUUCAUUGUUGCUCCAAGCCCAUUUAUCUGACUUUACCCUGUCUUUGUCGUUUUCAUUUUUUUUCCUGACGGUAACCUAAGGCAAGUGCUCAAACUGGGGCAAGUCAUUAAACCCUUCUGUCCUAUUGUGCAUAAUUACAGUUGUCACUUUAUUUGCAUGUUUAACUAGAGACUUUGUAUGAAAUUAUUUAUUUUCAUGUAUAUUGUUUUUUUUAUAUAUUCAGCCCCUCAAAAUAUAAACUGUAGUAGUACUGAAAUGACUACUACUCUGAAAGCGAAACGGUGGUACUAUACUUUGAUUCUUCCCAGGUGGGAAACUGGCUUUAUAUUAUUACAUAUUAUAUGACAACAGCUGUCAUUUUGUGGCGAAUAUUACUUUGAACAUAGGAGUUUAAAUAAAAAUAAUAAUUCAAAGCAACCAAAGUGUCACAUGGUUAUUAAGCAAAGUGAAACACCAACAUUCAGGCAGAAUGUAGACUUAAAAGUGGAGUAUAUUGGAUUUGUCAUCUUUUUAGGUUUAUACGAAUUGUUGCAUUAACUCGUGGAUUAUGUCAGGCAGGCAACACAGGAGCUGUCAGUGAAUGGAAAUAUUACAGCACUGACAGCUCAGGUUAGUGCAAAAGAAAAAGAAACAGCCAUGAAAAACAGCUAUCCUAGCUUGUUCCAAAGAAAUCUGCCCACCAACAACUCUAAAGCUCUGAAUUACACUUUACAUCUCACUUGAUUAAUCCGCACAAAAACUCAAGUUUAAAAACAACAAUUUGUGGUUUUACAGAGUGUUCACAGAACACGGCCAAGAAAUCGCCCAACUACAUAACGCACUAUAAAAUGACACAGUUUUUGCACUUGCUUCUUUAUUCUUUUUUUUUUUUGUACAGAUUAAAUGUGUUCUGUGGAGUUUUCUCGUAAACAAACAAAAGUGAUGUUUACAUAAUUACUCACCAAAACGCAUCAUGUGCAUUCUUCAGGUCUAACAAAUUUGUCAAGUGCAUUUCCUGCCUCAUAAAACAUUUGCAAAGCUUAUGUUUUCUAACAUUUAAAAUCCUGUAUUGUUUACAUCCAUGUCUUCUAGCUUUAAGACUUUUUCUUCACAGCCUUUGUUGAUGCAUGAUAUAAUGUGUAUUCAUUACUGGGCUUUAGAGGUGCUGGUAAGUGUAUUUUGCCUUUUGGAUAGACCCGGGCUACCUGUUUCCCCGUGUUACCGCUGUUUAUGCUAAGCUAAGCUACCCGGCUACUAGCUUUAGCUUAAUAUCGAGUGGUAUGAAUCUUCUCGUCUCACUCUCUUCAAGAAAUCAAGAAGUCAAAGAAGCAUAUUUCCCAAAGUGUCAAACUAUUCCUUUAAAGCAAAGCAAUAUCUUUUAUGGGCUCUUCUCACACUGCAUAAGUUUGAUUUGAAAAGUUUUUAGAGGUCUGAAGAAGUGGAACUCCUCACUGUUAAAUUAUAAUAUAUGUUUUUUCUUCUAUCGUACCUCAUUAAUCAUCUCAAGACCAGUCAGAUUUAUCUUGCAAACCCAAGACUUUAUUUUACUUUUUUAGGUUAAGUUAAAAAAAUUAAAUGGGUUUCUAUUGGCAGAGAGAGAUCUGUCAACUUUAUUGAGACAACAGUUUGUACAUACAAUAGCUGAGAAUUUUUUCUUUUUAGACAUCAUCAGUGCUUUCAACCAUGUGUGUGUACCUCUGUACAGCAAACACCACAAAAGAAAAAUCGGCCCAACUGUCCAAACUGUUGAUAUCUGCAUCACAGAAUAUUAAUAAACUUUAGCACUGAAA